GAUGCUCGCCAUCAAGCAAUCCAAAAUAUGGGACAACUUAUAAAUUCGUUGAUUAAUCCACUCGAUGACUUUCUGAAGAGAACGAACAAGUAAAAUAAUCCCAUUUUUUCUUGGCAAAAAUAAAAUAAAAAUUAUUUAAUAACUUUACCGAACAUUGAUGACAAGAAGUUGCAAGGAAGAUGAGUGAAAUAUACUGAAAAAAAUCCACACUGAAACUCACUACUGGAAAACACCAGUGCAGAUUGUCUAAUCUGGAUUAGAGUCAUCACUCAUUUUUUGGUUUUUCCCACUGUGUUUUUGAUAUUUGGAUGGUGCCCUAAAAUUGAAGGGCACAAAUGGAGAAUGUAGACAUGUUCAAUGCUGCUACGGCUCCGCUCACUUUCCAUGACUUCCUUGAGCGUAUGCGACAUCCCUCUGCAGCCGAUCUUGUUCGGUCUAUUAAAAGAGUAAUCUUCGUUUCAAAUGCCACGAUCAGGCAGUAUUUCUUCUUUCAAAGUCAGACUUGCACCCAACAUAGGCCAUCGGGGUAUGCUGCUCCCAAAGGUGUAUCUGUUUUAUUGUAUCUUUUUCAAGCAAUGCUCCUGAUCCUGAAAAAGACAGUAGGAAUGUACAAGAAUUCCUUACUAGCAUGGAAGCAGCUUUCAAAGCUCAUCCUUUGUGGGCUGGUGCAACUGAAGAUGAACUUGAUAGUGCUGGUGAGGGUUUAGAGAAAUAUCUGAUGACUAAAUUAUUCAAUCGUGCUUUUGCAUCAUUCCCUGAGGACGCAAAGCAUGACCAAGAACUUUCAGAAAAAAUUAGCUUGGUGCAACAGUUCAUCCGGCCAGAGCAUUUGGAUAUACUCCCGAACUUUCAAAAUGAAACAUCCUGGCUGCUUGCACAGAAGGAAUUGCAGAAAAUUAACACAUACAAGGCUCCUCGAGAUAAGUUGGUUUGCAUUCUCAACUGCUGUCGAGUCAUAAACAACUUGUUACUCAAUGUUUCUAUGGCUACAAAUGACAAUCCUCCUGGAGCUGAUGAUUUUCUGCCUGUACUAAUCUAUGUUACCAUCAAGGCAAAUCCUCCUCAGUUGCAUUCAAAUCUUUUGUACAUCCAGCGAUACAGGCGACAAUCUCGCCUAGUCUCAGAAGCAGCAUAUUUCUUCACUAAUUUGGUAUCAGCAGAAUCCUUCAUUAGUGAUAUAGAUGCCAAAUCCCUUUCAAUUGAUGAAAGUGAAUUUGAAAGGAACAUGACAAUAGCCCGUUUUGCUUUGAAUGGUACUACAAGUCAUGUUGACUAUCCUGUGAGUUAUUCCUCUACAGAAGCAGGAAAUUUUAUGUCAGAUUCUAGUGUGCCAAAGGCACAAGUCCCUAAAUUACAGAAAAAAGAGAAGACUGAAGAGCCUGUAUCUGUAGUGGGUGACAGUCAGGUUACUAGAACAUUGGCAAAGGGACUUGCAUCCAUUGGAAAUACUGAUAAAAGCAACAAAGGAAAUGUAAAAGAUAAUUUGGAAGGAAGUACAUUAACUGUAUCAAAACUUGAAAACAAAGGAGCUGUUCAUGUUUUGCAUGCAGAGCGUACAGGUCAACUCAACCGAGAAUAUCCAUUCUUGUAUGCCCGUGCUGGGGACUUGAGAGUUGAAGAAAUUGAACCGUUGCUUAAUGCUUACAAAGAGCUUGUUCUGAAAUAUGUUUCACUUUCAAAAGAAGUAGAGACCUCACUGUCAAAUAAGAUGCCUAGUUUAUAUGAAGGCGAUGCACAAUCAAGGGAAGUAUAUCUAGACAUCUCCAAAGAGAAGAAUAAUCAACAAGCCAUUUCAUCUGCUAAUUUGUCUGUGACAAUUGAAGCCGAUAAAAGAACACAAAUAGAUAAUUUUAAACAGGAAAUGAAACACUUUGAUGAAGGUGGUCUCCAGUUGGGUACAGAAACAGAUCAUCAUGACAGUCCCCUUCUUUCUCCUAGAUUGACCAAUACUUAUGGGGAACUGCCUGCAUCUAAUUCAACAGAAAUGAUAGAAAUGGAACAACUUAAUACACAUCUGAAUGGAGAUGAUUCCAGAGUAGAUCAAGCCUCAGAGAAGGUAACUGUUGAGGAUGUAAUGCCUGCAGUUGAUUCUGAACAAUCUUGUGUAACCUCUUCGGAAAUGUUACAAUCUAAAGAAGCCCCACCAAAUGCUCAGGAACAUGAAGGUCUGUAAAAAUGCAUAAAUUUUUCUUCAGUGUUCAUGUAUGGUGGUACACUAUCAAGUGGAAUUUCAAUAUCUUUUUGAGAUAUGUAUAUUAGGGGGCAUUACUCAAUGUUUAAUUUUUUGAAUGUUCCUGCUCUAGGCAAUUUGCUGUCCUUUUGCUCCAAUCAAGAGUUGGAUGUGUUUUAUGCAUCCACAAUGUUUUUUAAAUUUUUAUAUGCAUAACAUUAUUAAUUAUAUCAUUAUUGGUUGUCACAUUGAAACUAAUAUCCUGUCAAUUGGUGGUUCACAAGCAUUGUAAAAUUCUGAAAGACAUGCAAAUGUUGAAAACCAUUGCAGAGAGAUUUUAAAAUUUCUUUGCCUGGUAUGAUUCACAAUUGUUUACAAGUUUCUGCUUUC